AUGUCAAUGUUAUUCUCAAACCCCGAGGUGUUGUCAGGUAAAAGUUUGAUUUUCUGUUUGAAAUUUUAGGUAACACCCUAAUUUUAAUUAAGAUUUCGUGAAGAUCGAUAACGUAACUUUGGAAAAUUGAUAAUAUAACCUUGAAUUUCAAUGAAAUUUCAAAUUAAAACUUUAAAUUUCAGUGAAAAUAGCCUCGAGAAGUGUUGCCGAUGUUUUCAGUUAUGGAUUGACGAUUUUUGGGGUACUUGUCGCUAUUAACAUGUUCUUCAUGUUGCUGACCAACUGUUCCAAGAUAAAGAAGAGGAAAGGGAAGAAGACUCGCGGUAAGGGGAAAAAGAAGCACAAGAAGAGUCAUGUACCUUCUACACCUCACAAGAAGAGGAAGAAGGACAAUCCUUACAGCCGUUUUGUGAGUUUCCUUUCAUUUUUGUGAUUUUACAAUUAUUUUUUCAUAAAAUUUACAGUUAUAGUGUACUAACUAAAGAUUUUCAACGAAUUUAGGUCCAUAAAGUUGACAUAUAACGAAAUGUCAAAAACAUUAUUGAUUGAGACGAAAUGCCACAAAUUUUAUUGGAUAACUAUAAUUAUUUUAAAAAUUUAAAAAAUAUUCAAUUUGAAAGAGCUAAACGUUUUUUCUAAGAUUUUAUAUUUUUUUUAUUUCAGGAACCACCAAAGGGUCCAUUCCGUAAACGUCCUACCGGCGUUGGUAUCGCCACAUCGCCUCUGAAGACGGCCGUUCCAGUUGAAGAUAAGCCCGAACCUACACAAUUGUUCACUUUGAAAUCAAAGUUAGUUCCGGAGAAGAAAGAAGAAAAAAAGAGCUCAGAAAAGGUGGAGAGCGAGAACAAAGAGGUAGGGAUUGAGUCCAAUAUGGGAAAAGGCUUGGUUAUUUUUAAAAAUAACUCUUUUUGAAAAGGGUCUAAAAUUCUAAAAGCUACAGGGAUUGUAGCUUACUUAUUUAGUCAACAACCCAUCGAAAGAAAUUUUUAGGUCAGGUUUAGUUUUAGUUACAUUACUGCAUCCAUCUUGAUUUGUUUCAAAGCAAAUUUUUAGUUUUUCAAAGUUUUUUCAAAUUUUUUAAAUUUUCAGAAGCCCAAAGGCCCUAAAACCUCAAAAGAAGAGAUAAGCCAAGAAGUGAGCAAAGAAAAAGAUCCGGAGAAAGAAAAGGAAGCAGAUAAGAAGAAAGAGGAGGAAGAGAAAAAGAAGGCCGAAGAACAAAAGCAACAAGAACAAAAGAAGGAUGAAGCCACGGAUACCAAGCAGAGCACUACUAGUAACAACACUAAUUCUCCAGCUCCAGAGAACGAGAACACUGAUGAUUCCGAUGGCCUGGGAGAGCUAAUGAGAAAGAGAAAUAAAGCUAACGCUGGCACACCAAGUGGAGAUCAUCAACCUCAAGUCAACUACCCUUGUCCUGACGUCACUCCAGAAGCGUUUUUGAAUUUGGAGAAGAUUUUGAAAGACAAUUUCAGAUUGUGA